AUGGAAAAAAAUUCAUUUUCAAAAAGGGGGGAGAGAAAUUUUUUCCUAAAAAGAUACCUGGAAUACAACAUCACCUCAGAUGGAACUCUGGAGAGGUCAGACACCGCCAAAAAUCUCAUCUACCGCUAUUUCUACGCAUCUACACUCUAUGCCUUACUCUUCUUCAUUCUACCCCUUCUGGCCCUAGCCUACCUAAAUGCCCGCCUGAUAAUAGCCCUUAGACGCGGAAAAAGGCACUGGCUGAAUUUGAAAUCAACUCAAAGGCGGGAACAAAACUUGACAAUAAUCCCACUGACUGUUGUGUUGGUUUUUGUCGUCUGUGCUACACCGGCCCUGGUUGUCAAUGUCCUGGAUUCCUAUGAUCAAGAGAUCUUUGAGUAUUCAACGGCAUUUUUGGUCACUUCGAAUUUUCUGAUCGUCAUCAGCUCAGCUAGCAACAUCAUCAUUUACUUCCUGCUAGGAUCGUCAUUUAGAAGAAGACUAUGCGAAAUGUUCCAUUGUGGCCAGGCAGCCAGCCACCAUCUGCAGCAGCGACAGCAGCGUUUCCGCGAGUUCAGCUGUGCCAGGAGUUCCACAAUCUACAUGACGAACACGAACACCAACAACAGCAACAACGCUCCUCUUACUACUAACAAGCACAGCGGUAAAGCUGCUGCUAUUACUUCUACUACUUCUGCUACUAAUAGCUGUAGUAUUACUAACAAUGCCACUGUGGAUAGAGAUAACGAUGUGGAGAGGGAAGAUUUUAUGGGUGGUUUUCCUAAGAAGAGGACGUUAGCCAGUUGGUUCAACACUUUGAAAGAUAACAAUAAGAGGAGUGAGUGUUCUCUCAAGUUGUCUUUGAUGUGA